UAUGCAUCGAAGUUAUAGAGGAUAUCAUGACAAUUUAGAAGUCUUUGGUGCAUCUACAUUCUCAAAAAGAAAUCUUAAUCAAGGAAAUAAAAUUCUACUUCCUGCAUCUGCUUUAGAAUAACUUAUCCGUUCAAAAUAAUAAGGUCCAAUGAUUUUUAGAUUAUAAUCCACUCAAGAUAACAACAAAUAUACUUAUGUAGGUGUUUUAGAGUUCACUGCAGAAGAAGGUACUUGUGUGAUACCAGAUUGGAUGUUAGAGAGUAUGGGUUUUUUUGAUGGAUGCUAAAUUAUUAUAUCUCAUGAAAAAAGAUUAGAAAGAGGAUAGUUGAUUAGAAUUUAGCCUCAUGAAACAGCAUUUAUAGAUUUACCGGAUCCAAGAGCUAUUUUAGAGAAUCAUCUAAGAAAUUUUAUCUGUUUAACUGAAGGGGAAACUAUUUCUAUUAAUUUCCAUAAUAUCAAUUACUCAAUCGAUAUUGUAAAAGUUGAACCUAGCAAUAUUCUUAAAGCUGUUUGUAUUAAUGAAGCAGAUAUUGAAAUUGAUUUCUUGAAACCAUUGGUAUUAUGUUAUUUAAGAUAUUGUAUAGGACUUCAAUGAUGCUCCACCAAAUUUAGUUAAAAAAUCAAGUUCUUUGGUUUAAUAAGAAGAACUAUAGGCUCAAAAAUAAUAAACUGUCUUCACAGGUACUGGAGUACGUAUUGAUGGGAAACCUUUGAAUACUUAAAUGAGAAAGCCUUCUGAAGAUGUUAAAACUGUAGAACCAUAUGAUCCUCGUAAAUAAAAAUUGAAGAAUGGAUUAAAAUAAACUUAAGAAGCAAUUCAAUUUGUUGGAUCUUAUAUAAAAUUGGGAAAUACAGGCACUUAAAAUAAAAAGAAUGCUUGAUA